AUGGACCCGGUCAAGGAAAACAUCGACAAAGCGAUGAAUGAAAUCCACAAGACCUGGUGGAACCAUGUAAAUGGUUUGGCCGAGAAGUGGGCCAACCACCCGGACCCUGAAGCAUGGCACAAACACUUCCUCGAGUGUCUCGACAGCAUGGAGCAGGGACCGCCUCCCAAGCCU